AUGUAUCCUGAAGCAGGACCUUCACGUCCGAGCUCUUCGUAUCCUAGUAACAGCAAUAAGUUACCUCCUACUGCCACAGGGGGGCCUCCACAACGUAUAGGAAAUGGAUCAUCGGGUCCUGGUCCUUCUCGUCGCGAAGGGGAAUACGAAAGGGAUAGAGAUGAAAGGACUAAUGGAUAUAGAUCAGGAGAUCCUGCAUUCGCCAGAUCAAGUUCGAACGCAAUACCACCCUGGCAAAAUCGAUCACAACCUCGACAAGGAGGAUAUAGACCAAAUUCUUCAUCCGGACCGGGUCCAAGACCUAGAAGCUAUACGCCCUCACCUCCAAGAAGGGGCUACGAUAGGGAGAGAGAACGUGAUAGAUUCGAUGUUAGAGAUAGAUUGAGUCUGGAUCCUCCCGGUGGAUGGAGACCUACAAAUGGUGGACCUGACGUUCCAACUCGAAGAGUCUCAAAUUUCGCUCCUCCACCCAGAGAAAGGGAUAUCAAUUGGUCAAGAGAUGAUAGAAGAUGGAUAGAGAGGAGAGACGAAAGAGAUAGGGAUAGAGAUAGGGAUAGGGAUCGAUUUAGGGAUGAGACGCGAAGCUCACCGGCUGGAAGAUAUCCAUCUGAAAGAAUACCGCCACCUCGUUCACCACCUUCAGCGCCUAGAGGACCAAGAUCCAUUACAGCUCAAACUCCACCUUCCUAUACAUCUAGAUUACCAUCUAUCCCUGGUCCAAGGACAACCUCUUAUACUCCAGCUAGAGACGAUAGGGAUAGAUCUCAAAAUACCCCUCGUCCUUUUGAUCGAUCUGUCACCGUAGGAGGACCAGGUCCGUCAUCUGCAAUGUACGCAGCUUCCCAACCUUCUCGACCCAAUUCUCCAUCUUCUGCUUCCGCUUCUGGCGCAAGGGUAUCAAGAUCACAGAGAGGUUCCUCAAGUCCGGUAGAAUCUACACGUCAACGUGAAACAGAUGGUCCUUCUAGCGUACCUAAUUCUCACGCAAAGUUACCAGAUAUCAGAACUGAUCAAGAGGAACAAGAUCUUGAAGAAGGAGAAGUUAUUUCACCCGUUCAAACGACUCGUGUACCCUCUUGGUCUUAUAACAACGACGAUAGAUCCAGAAGACCAUUCUCACCUCCACGAGAAAGAGAUAGAUGGGAUAGAGAUAGAGAACGUGAUAGAGAUAAUAGGAGAUUCGGAGGUUCACCCCCUUCACCGCAUUGGGCGGGAAGAAGGAAUCUAGAUGAUUCUUGGAAUGGUAGUGGUAGAAAUAGAAGGAGGAGUUUAUCAAAUCCCACUAGAUGGAAACCUGAGGAUGGAGAAGAUUUACAAAAAUCACCUCGAAAACCUCUCAUUCCGGAAGAAGGAGAAGUAGCCCCUCGCAAGUGCGAUGAAUCUGUAAGACCCAAAGACGAAGUUAGGACUGUGGAAGAAGGGAAAAAUGACAGACCACCUACGCCUCCAAUUCCUCCUACAACAGCAUAUACAAAUACGGAAAAUGCCGGAGCAUCCCAACCACCCAAAGAAGCCAAUGUUGGAUUACAAAUUCCUGAAAUCAUUUCACGACCAGAUACUCCGGCUUCCCCACCCCCCAAACAGUCAACUCAUCCCACAUCGAUAUCACAAAUGCCUGUCGAUCAGCUAGAUGAGGUCAAGCAGACAAUUGUUGAGCGAGAGGAGAUGCAGAUUGAUCGUCGGCCACUCGUGGAAAAGCUUGAACCUGCUCUAGCUGUACAACGCGAAGGAGGCAAAAAUGGAUCGCCGUCAAAAUUGAAGGCGGAUGGGCCAACCGAGCAAGCUAUCCCGGUUCACGCACUUAGCGCAUCCGACUCUCGACUGGCUGACGAAUCGAAGUUGCAAGGACUAGACUUGAUCGUGGACGAGAAACCUGUUUCAAGUAUGAAAGUCGAUGAGGCGAUUACCGAGGAGAGUCCGAUAGCAAUGCAAGUAGAGGUUCCAGCUGCACAUCAAGCCGACGUGGUCAAGGAGCUGCCAAGUCCAAAUCUUUUGCCGCCCGAAGUUAUUAUUGCAACGUCGAGCGAGAUACAGAAACCGACCGUCAUCGUGGAUGGCGACUUGUUGAACAACUCAGGGUCAACAAUUAAAUCAUCAGACUUCGAAAAAGACAUGGACGAGGGACCAGUCCAGCGUGAUUCCACACCGGCAGCUCCGACCUCACCCUCAGAGUCUGCUGUCACGCAUGGACUAGCUGCGGUCAUUGUGGAAUUCCUACAAGAAGAGCAAGGAGCUGUACUGAGUCCUACGUCUGCUGCUCCUCUAGUCCACGAUAAACCCAGUCUCACCUCUCCUCGAGUUCCUCCUCCUCUGGUCAGCACCUCUUUGGAAACCGAACCUACUGAUACUCAACCGAGUCAAGCUGUGAGACGAGUCACUAUUGCUGAACGACGGGCUGUGCAACUCCCUCCUACCAGCGGUCCGUUAUCAUCACCUUUUGGCGUUAACACGCCAAGAAGAGAUCCUAUGCCCACUGCGUACUCUACCUCUACUGAUGCUGAAACGGAAGCUGGGCCAAAGACUGGGGAAAUAGAUGAAAGGGAUACACCCAUGUUUGAGGAUGCGCCAGAGGAGAUAAAGCAGGCCAAUCUGAUUGCUGCUAUCAAAGCUGCUCAGACCAAAAGUGUAUCUUUCGAUCAAACAUCUAUCAUUACUUGGAACAUCGCAGCCGCUCCAGAACCUACAUCCAGAGAGUUAGUGGUCAAGAAUGAAGAUCGACCUUUCAUGCUACAGAAGAUUACAUGGCCUCUCAAUGAUAACCAACGGAUUGUAACCAAUCUCGUUGCCACUGCAAUAGCUCGAGAGAAGCGUUGGUUGGAAGAGAAGACCGAACAACUCAAGAACGAAUACCUAGACCUCGAUGAGGAAUGGCAAGAACACUGUAACUUUCUUGAUACACUCAUGGAGAAACGCGGUCAGCCUCCAGUCGAUUUGUACGCUAUCCCUGGAGCAAUAUUGCCUGUUGUCACUCCUGGGCCUAUAGCGCCUACUACACCAUUGCCGGAGGAAGUAUUCAACGCUCGAGGAAAUAGGAGAAGAGGUGUGGGUGAUGCCGUAUCGACUGAAGCAGAGUUUGAAGCGAUUCUUGCUGGACUUGCCGAUACGGCAGCGAAGGAUCCAACAUAUCGAGCUAACAAAACAUCCGCCGUCGUGCCCGACAUGUAUUUGGAUGAAGAGCGGAAGCUUCGAUAUGAUGAUGACAAUGAUCUCAUCGAAGAUCCUCUGUCUUUUUACGAUUUCAAGGGCAAUGCUGAACCUAUAUGGACCGCAGAAGAAAGAGCUCUAUUUGUGAGAAGAUAUAUGGCUUACCCAAAACAAUUUGGUAGAGUUGCAGAUGGUAUACCUAACAAAACUGCCUCUGAUUGCGUUUUAUAUUACUAUCGCACGAAAAAGGAGGUCGAUUAUAAAGGCAUGUUAGCAAGUAAACGAGGCGGUGGAAAGAAGAAAACUAUCCCUAUCAAGAAAGGUGGAAAGAGUAGUUCUCUUCUGGCAGAUCUCGAUCGACAAAAACCCAUCGCAGCUUCGGAAGUCAGUACACCCGCUCGAGGAAACAGAGAGCGCGCAGAAUCUAUAGUCCCCGGAACAAGUGCUAAGAAAGGCAAACUCCUGGGAAAUCUUUCUGAGGGAGGUGUGGCAAGUGGAAGAAAGAGGAAAACUACUGCAGCAAGCAUCACCUCCACCACCAAUGAAGAUGGUGAAGAGAAACUCGAUUCUACAGUUACCUCGAGAGCUGGAAGUGAAGUUCCAUCGACUAUUGCUCCCAAGUCUAAAUUGAGGAUGACGGUCAAGACUGCUAAACGACCCAGAGCAAGCUCCACCUCGGAUAAUCAAGUGAUUCUUCCUGCUAUCCCUUCCACGCCAUCUACGAUCAUAUCGGCCGAUCCUGCUAUUCCUGCUAUUCCUGCACCAGACACCGCUACGCCUGUCGCCAAAUCGACAGAUCCAGAUUCCGUCGAUCCAGCUGCUGCUCAGUCGGAACUUCUGCCACCAAUCAAGAGAGCGGGUAAACGUAGGAAAGUUUUGGCUGAACCUACAGAACCUGUCAGCAUCCUUGAUCCUACCGCAACUCCCAUCGCAAGCUUGAUUCCCACUGCCACCACUCCUGGUAUCACCCCAACCACCGACAAACCCAAUAGAAGAUCAGCCACUAAUUCUUACUGGUCUGUGGAAGAGAAGAGGAAAGUGAAAGAAUUAGUGGCCGUGCAUGGAGUAGACGUCAAGGCGAUUGCAGCGCAUUUGAAGGGAAAAUCGGAGAGACAAGUUGGCAACUUCCUGGAAGGACACAGGACUGAACUGGUCGAUGGUAGUGGUAUUCCUAUACCUACUUCAGCGAUCAAACCCGAAGAGGAUAGAAAGAGCUUGGGUGGGGGAGUAUCGCCGGUAUCCAACAUAUCUGCCGGUGAGGUGUUCCGUUCUGCCCAACCUACUCGAACAAUUUACGAUGCCUACCCUUCAUACAUGAAUCAAGAUCGAUAUGAACCUAGAUUGGCCAUGUUCCCACCCAGUCCACCUCAUGCACCAGGUUCAACUGCAGGACCUGAUCUGACUCCCCUCAAACCUGUCUCAAGAACUGGAGGAAUGCGAAUAUCAGCUUUGCUCAACGAUGACGCUCCUACGAUAUCAGAUAAAAGACCUUCAACUGGUUAUUCCAAUUCGGAUACGAUCGAUGCUGCGUCUGAUGGCACGGUUGACGAAAGAGAUUUAGAUGGAAUGACAAGACCUUCCCCUCGAUCAAUCCCACCUAUUCCAACAUCGUCCUCAGCCUCAGCCUCUGCAUAUGGUCGAUAUGAACAAAGACCUGAUCUGGACCGAUAUCGGAACGCAUCGUCUCUACCGGCUCCGUCACCGUAUCCUACAACAUCAACAUCAUCUUGGUCAAAUGGCCCUACGUCUACAACAAGGACUGAUAUGUAUAGGGCGAAUGAGAGAGCGGCAACCACGACUCCUAUUCCAAUGAAUACUCAUCAAGCUCCUCCAAAUCACAUGGCACAUAGAUCUCCAUGGCCUGAUACCCAUCAGUCUCCCCAUGCGGUUCCACCCAUACCUUUAUCAGCGCACAGAUCCAAUUCGUACUCUUCCUCUAAUAAUAGAUAUGACCCUAUACCAUCUUCUCAUCGACCAUCAUCACAUGAUAGUCAUUAUCAACAUCAGAGUCAACACCAUCAUCAUCACCAUCAAAGUCAAAGUCAACAAAGUGUUCCGCAUUACGAAUAUGCUUCCGAUAGAGGUUUUGCAAGAGAAUAUCCUGUACAUUCUAAUCAUCCUGCACACGGAAACGGACAUGGGCAUGGGCACGGACACCAUGCUAAUGUGACAACUGGGAAUGGUGGACCUAAUUUACCUCCUCUGAACAGUAGUGUCGGACCACCUCCUUUGAUAGGAUCAUCCUCGGGUGCCGCAACGCACAGAGCGUAUAACGGAGGUGAUUGA